UCCACAUGUGGCAGCAUCUGAAGAGUUACUCUAAGGCAGUUUCUCUAUAUAUAUAUACCUCAAAAGUUUCAGAUUCACUAUUUCAUCUCAGCCUGUGAACUGGAAUAGAAGGCUAUUCUGCAAAACAGUAAGGUAGAUUUUUGAAAUUAUUGGAGAAUAAAGGUUGUAUCAUGUCCCAAGUGAUACCCAACCAUGUUCUGCGUGUGGGACAAUCAGUGUGCAUGGCAUCAAAGGAAGAUGGUGGUUUCAGACAGCCUGUGCACCCUAGAAACAUCUCCAUGACUACUAAAUGCUCUUACUAUAGCUCAGAGAGAUGUGUUGGGCAGGUGCCCGCACAAUUUAAUGGUCAAGUAUUUACCAGCACAGGUGUUUAUACAGGGGAAAUGAACCCACCUUCCAGAACAGCAGAGAAUGUGGUUCACAACCAACAGAAUAUCCACCAAGCAGUAUACAGAGAUAAAGGUACCACCACUAAUUAUCCAAAACAAGGAACAGAUACACAAGUCAGUGACAAAGGAGACCCCAUAUCUCCAUCACUCGACAUAUCUAUAGACAAUUUAAAUCAACUGAUAUUACAACUGGAUCCAACCUUCCAACCACUUACAACAACAUCUGAUCAGGUUUGGAGUUCAGCCUGGGACUCUUCUCCAAGUGGACCAGAUGCUACCAGACCCACAAGUCCAACAGAAAUCAAGUGUGUGCAAGUGAAUUCAAAAAGAACUAUGUGUCAUGAAAAUGUCCAACAGUCUUCAAGCCCCACUCCAAAACAUGAGGGUAUCUUAAUCUCACGAGGAGCACAGAGGGACAAUAGUACGUCAAAUGGCAGCAUAAUUUUCUGUGAAGCCAAUUUGCAUGAUCGCCAGCGACAUCCAUCCAAUCAAGCCACGCAAGGUAUUCCCAUUCCAUUCCAUAACUCCCAUCAUCAUGAUGCCAUCUUGCCAGCAUCACCAGAGUCAGAAAUAAUGCAGUGCCACAGGCCCCAGUUCUGGACCAGUGAGCUGUCCAUGAUGUCCAACAGUCCUGGGUCGGAUACCAGCUACAUCCUUGGGAGCACCAACUCACUUCCCAAUGAUGAAUUUGAUGGACAGCAUUUCAAUUCAAGAUCAUCUGAAAGCCCAUGUGGGUCACUGGGAUCCUUCUCAAAUUUAAACAGCCCUGCAGUAAUGACUCCCACCACACCAAAAUAUUGCUUUGACAACAGUCCAGACAUCUACUGCCCUAAUCUAAGUAGAUCUAAAACAUACCACCAAUGCAGGACAGAUAAACAUACUCCUACAAAAGGUCAUGCCAACAGCUGUCCACCAUCUGUCAACAAUUCUACCAUGGAUAUCCCCAUUCUUCUAGUGAAUGGGUGCCUACAGACAGAGGACAACAUAUCCAAGUCCUCCAGGAAUCUCCUUGAUUUGCACAAGAGAAAAGGAUCUUCCAGUUUUAACAGAGUCAACAAGACCGCUUCUGACUCUUCAAUUGCAUCUAACACAGACAGUCCAGUGAAAGAUGGACAGCCCAGCAUGAAAUUCGUAAUGCACACGUCUAAGUACUGGUUCAAGCCCAGUAUUACAAGAGAACAAGCUAUUGAAAUCCUGAAGGAUAAGGAGCCCGGGUCAUUUAUAAUUCGAGACAGUACCUCCUUCCGUGGAUCAUUUGGGUUGGCUAUGAAAGUUCCUGGGAUGCCACUCAAAGCUGGUGAGGUAAAGAAUGAUCUUGUGCGACAUUUCCUUAUCGAAUCAUCUUCAAAAGGUGUCCACUUAAAGGGUGCUUCUGAGGAGCCCUAUUUUGGAAGUCUGUCAGCUUUGGUGUACCAACAUGCAAUUACCCCUUUAUCCUUACCCUGCAAACUCGCCAUACCAACCAAAGAUCAGCAAGAUGGAGACAAUAGUCCAGAUUCUAGCCCGGAAGCCACCAUUUCCCAGCUAAAGACAACAGUGGCCUGCAAUGUCCUGUAUCUGAACUCAGUUAGCACAGAAACUCUAACAGGAUCCAGUGCCAUCCAGAAAGCUGUGUCUGUCACUUUUGAGAAAACCAACCUACCAAUGCCAACCAUUGUACACUUUAAAGCCAAUGAACAAGGGGUUACACUAACUGAUGUCCAACGCAAAGUGUUUUUUCGCCGUCAUUAUCCCAUCUCAACACUAAUCUUCUGCGGUGUAGAUCCUGAACUGAGAAAGUGGCAAAAACAUUGCAGAUCUUCAAGGAUUUUUGGAUUUAUUGCUAAAAACCCAACAGAUCCUUCUGACAAUGUGUGUCAUCUGUUUGCCGAAUAUGAUGUCAUCCAACCAGCUUCUCCAUUAAUCAGCUUUUUAACGAAUCAAAUUCAGCAGCAAGAAAAAGUGUAAUUCUGCAGCUAUGUAGAAAAAAAUAUUGCCUUGUAAAUGUACAUAUGCUGUGUUCCUGAAAUACUUUAUUGUGAAAUGUAGUUCCAAGAAUUCUCCUCUGGGCACACGGAAAAUGGCCAAUAAAAGUCUAUAACAUCCAAGUGAUAUGACAUGGCAAGGCUCCAUUGGACGGACACGUUUUGGUCUCAUUUUCCUGCAUUAACUAUUGAGUAUUACAGCUCUGUUAUAAAGCACUACAGACUUUGUAGGACAUAAGGCUGAAGUCUGAAUUUAUAAAACAAACAUCAGUUUUCAAAUGCUGCAGUUGUUUAGCCUGCAGAUUAUUCAGGAGUGGUUCAAGUUUUGCAGUUCAUGAACUUGUUAUUUUUCAGCUAAAUGACGGAGACCAAGAUACUUGACCCUUUUCUUACCAUAUUAAUAUGUAAAAAUGUAUUGUUGAAACAGCACUUUGUCCCUGCUUAACUGCAGGAUUAGCAUUUUUUUUUAUUUUUUAUAAUCAUUUAAUCUAUUUAUACAUUUAUUUUUUUUGUAAUAUGCAAAAUGUAUUUUCCAUUUGUUUACAAAUAAAAUAUAUUUUAAACUA